CUCUCCAAACUAGGCAGCUCGCUGUUCGGGGCCACCGGGUCGCCCCAGAAGGUGGUCACCAACAUCCGUGGGUUCCUCUCGAAUCGGCUGACCAGCGUUUCCAUCCCCGACACAGGUUGCCGCCACCCCUUGGACAACGACUGUAUACCCCCUGCGACGUAAGCCACCGCCGCAAAGCGCAAAGACACACGUCUGUACAGCAAAGUCUGUUCUGUGUACGUUAAACGGAAGUCGGAGAAGAGCCCUCAUUAUUGCAAGAGAUGUAGAGAGAAGAUGCGUAGCCCAUCGCGUCGGUUGUGAUCUAGAUACGGGCCACUGACUAGAACACACGCUAGUACACAGACUCGGACACACACACAGCGCAUCACACACGACAUGCUCCAGCAGGUGUGUGAUCAACAGAAGCAGCAGCAUCAGCAGCAGCAGCCCGACCAAACCAGAGGUGUACGUUUGAGGCUGACAUCGAUCACGAUCAACAGCAGCAGCAGUGCCUAAACACUCGAACACAUACCCUUCUCUACAUAGUAGAGGAUAACAGGUGGAUCUACCGGGUAAGAACAGGGAAGAGCAUACCAUCAGGAUCAUCAUCAUACGCGCAGAAGUUCAGAGUAGAGAUAUACGGAGUCCAAGAUCUCCAAUACAGUAGUAGCCAACACCGGAAAGGAAAGGCGUAGCGCAGCAAAGCACCGCAACACAAGAUGGCACCGCUACCGAUUAUUAAUCUCGAGCCGAGCGAGGUGAAGGAGAUCUUCUGGACGAAGGUGAAGGAACCGCAGUCGCAGCGCAAGCUGAUUCUCGUCAUCGUCUCGAUCGCGCUGCUGCUGGACAACAUGCUGUACAUGGUGAUCGUGCCGAUCAUACCGGACUACCUGCGCUACAUCGGCACCUGGGGCCCGGAGGAACCGUACAACAUGAGUGCGCCGACCACCGUCUUCACACCGCACACCCAUUCGCACCACGGGCAGGAUUCGGCCACCGGCAUACUGUUCGCCUCGAAAGCGAUCGUGCAGCUGAUGGUGAACCCGUUCUCCGGUGCGCUGAUCGACCGGAUCGGCUACGAUCUGCCGAUGAUGGUGGGGCUGAUCAUCAUGUUCCUGUCCACGAUGGUGUUUGCGUGCGGGCGCAGCUACAGCAUGCUGUUCUUUGCCCGCUCGUUGCAGGGCGUCGGGUCCGCCUUUGCCGACACGUCCGGGCUGGCCAUGAUUGCCGAUCGGUUCACGGAGGAAGCGGAGCGUACGAAGGCGCUCGGCAUUGCGCUGGCGUUCAUCAGCUUCGGCUGUCUGGUGGCGCCCCCGUUCGGUGGCGCCCUGUACCAGUUCGCGGGCAAGGAGGUGCCGUUCGUCAUCCUGGCGCUGAUAUCGCUGAUCGACGGGUUUAUGCUGCUGCUCGUGAUGAAACCGAUCAAGGAGCAGCUGGCCGACCGGCAGGAGGUGAGGGCCCCGUCCGUACCGAUCUGGCGCCUGCUGAUGGACCCGUACAUUGCCGUCUGUGCCGGCGCGCUCAUGAUGUCGAACGUGGCGCUCGCCUUCCUGGAGCCGACGAUAUCGCUCUGGAUGGAGGACAAUCUGACGACGGACAACUGGAAGAUUGGUAUGGUGUGGCUGCCCGCCUUCUUCCCGCACGUGUUCGGCGUGAUCAUCACGGUCAAGAUGGCGGCCCAGUACCCGGACAAGCAGUGGCUGAUGGCGGCCGGCGGGCUCGCCCUCGAGGGGCUCUGCUGCUUCAUCAUCCCGUUCAGCUCGUCCUACAUCAUGCUGAUGAUACCGAUCUGUGGCAUCUGCUUCGGCAUUGCGCUGAUCGAUACGGCGCUGCUGCCAACGCUCGGCUACCUGGUGGACAUACGGUACGUGUCGGUGUACGGCAGCAUCUACGCGAUCGCCGACAUCUCGUACUCGCUGGCGUACGCCGUCGGGCCGAUCAUUGCGGGCGGCGUGGUGGAAGCGAUCGGCUUCACCGCACUCAACUUCCUGAUCGCGUUCUCGAACCUGCUGUACGCACCGGUGAUGUACUACCUGCGCAACAUCUACGACUUUAAGCACUUCGAGAACGAGGCGAACGUGCUGAUGGGCGAUCCACCGACGAAGGAGUACCAGACGUACACGAUGCACGAUCAGCAGAUGGUGGGCGAGGAGUACAAGAACCAUCUCGAGUACGGGCGUCAAACGGACGAUGGCAACUACCAGCAGGAGACUAACAUCGAUCAAGGGUACUCGCAGAACGGUAGCUAUCAACAGCAGCAGCAGCAGCAGGGUGGAUAUCAGAACUAUCAACCGGGAUAUCAGGAACAGGGUGGCAGCGUCUAUCAGCAGCAGCAGCAACAAGCCCCGAGACAUCUUCCACAGCAGCCCCAGCCGGUUGCAAAUCCCUUCCGACAUGGGGAAUCGUCAGGACAGCAGCAGCAGCAACCGGCACAACCAAGGAUCUCGAAUCCAUUCCGGCAGGGCUUCUAAAGCCGCAAUGCUAAAGCGUUAAAGCGUCUGAUCGUAGUGUGCCAGUGGCUGGCAGACGGUAGCGCCCCUGUAACGCUAUCGAUCGGUUAACUGUUGUUAUGCUUCGCUUAAUGGGGCUGUAUUUAAGGCACAUCAUGGUGAUCACCUCACCGUGUCCAGGAAAAGGACGAUCGACGGCAGAUCAAUUGCUGCAAAACGCAAGACAUAUAGGACGAAACGACAGUCUAGAUCUAGAACCUAGGAGUAAGGAAAUUCUCCGGUGGAUACGCGUGCCGAUCGGACCAUUGCCCAGGGGGAUCCCACAGGUCGGUUCGAAUUGCAUCAAUAUCGUAGACAUAUCAACCACAAGCGUAACGUUCUAUUCGGGUGCAAGGAGACGGCUUUCGUGCGGCAUCCGUCCGAGAUGGGCCGGUUUGGCACGCGACUCAGCUGGAGAACAUUUUAGUUGUUUACACGACUUCAGUUCAGCAUUCUCACUAACAUAAGACACAACCAAGGUAACGAUACAUAUCAGAGCUUCGUGCUCGCCUGAAUUUACCAAAAAGUGAUAUUAUAUAGUGGAAGAGUUAUUAUAUCCCUUGUAUUAUUAGUAGUAGUAUUAAGCGAUGUGGCACCAUCCGUAUAUGGCACCUGGCACCUGGCGCUCUGGCGUCUCGAGAGGGCAUCGAGAGGGCAUCAAACCCCUCCCGAGCAUGCCUUCCCGCGAGAGACCCAGUGCCCAGGGGAUGUACGUGGCGGGAUCUCACUCACAGUCUCUAGAUAUAGUAUUACUGCAUAUCAAACAGAAACAAAACAUGCCUAGACACAUAAGGAUUAGCACUCUGCUACGUUGCUGCUAUUCAAUUUUCCAAAACCCCGCCUAUCUUGCACCUAUCGCACGUACGCGGCGGGGCUGUACUCUGUACAUUAAGUUUUCCUUGUACACCCGCAUUACGCAAAAGGGUACGCUCAUCAAUGAAAACACGUUGUUGCGUUGCGUUGGUUGCUGCAGGAUGCGCUGCUGCAGGUGGAGCAGACCGCCGCACCACCAUGUGCUGGGGUAGGCUCCAGUUCCGGCAGCACCAUCUAGCCGCCUCCUGACCUGAAAGUCUCUAAUGGUAUCAAUUAAAAUAGUUUACAGUUCGUUCGCAGUUCGGUGGCAGUAACCGGCGGCACCAGAGGAACCAGCAGGACCGAGGUGUAGGUUUUCAAAACCGCACGCCACUGCUGCCCUUCCCGGUGCUGCUCGGUAACAUGUGUAAAGUGAAGCGAAACACGAACCUAUACUUACUCACGUAUAUCUAUUACGGAAUUACAUUUACACACAUACACACACUUAACGAAAUGGGUUAGUCGGAAGGGAAGAGCGUACAAAGCUUGGACAAAAGAUGUAUUAACGUUUUUCAUAUUUAUCUUUCAUACACGCUCAGCUAUUGUGUAAAGUUUAGAAAGUCCCUCUGCCAGCUGAACAGCGCACCGAAAAACGAAGUCUAUUAGAGUUUGGAUGUAUUAUACACUGAUCAUGCUUUACAACUCUCGUCCUUUUACCUUCUCCCCCUUAUGCGUCUGCGUACUAUAUCAAAUGGUGGAGGCGGAAUAGAUUAUAGGAACAAUUAUCACAAUCAUAUCAGAGCGAUCGGGCUGGCGACUUGUGCCCUACCGUGCCAGCGUUGUUGGAACAGGCCGAUCGUGUAAACGAAUGCAAUUGAACCGAGCAAAUUAAAGAGCAACCAGCAGCAGCAGCAGGGCUCUUCGGAGGACCGUACAGAUAGGCAAACGAUAAACUUUAUCCCGUAAGACUGGCAAGUAUAGGUGUGCAAGCAAAAGCUACUGAUAAAUAGAACACGACUUCUGUUCACGAAUCAGCGUAUCAAUCGUAUGUAUAUUAUUUCGGUUUUGCUUACGUCAAACGUAAAGCUUUAAACUUUUUCUCCCAACCAAGGUUCACAGUGUAUUUACUCUUCUUGCAAAGGGAGUAUAUUUAGGAUUGCGUUACUUUUUUUCACAUUAUCUUGCAUCUCUUUCGAAAACAUUCAAAUAACGGCAACGUGCUCUUCUCACGCUCUGCGUGCUGCAUCGUUUGCGUAAAAUCACAGCGUAUCGAAUGUAUCAAGCAAGCUUAGCAAGAUGUCGCAAAAAAUAAAUCACACUAGCAUUUGCUAUCAUUGCUACUCAUACUUGCGCCUGAAUGGAAGAGGCGUAUGAAAUGAUUUAAUUUGUUUGUACAUAUUAUCAACCGGAAGACGCAACCGCAUUAUCCGCCGGUGAGGUUACUACACCUCGCCCAAGCGGUUACAACGGUAACGACUCCCGGGACUCACACUAAUCAACACAAUUAAUGCUAGUUUUUUAAGUACAUCAGGGUAUGGCGUGUUUAUGUGCGGCGUGUGUGUGUGGUGUGCGGUGUGCUUGAGAGAUCUGAAAGGAUCCAUCGGCACGCCAUACCCGCAUAUCGCAAAACGAGCUCUGGCGUAGCCGAGGUAGCGUUGCCGCAUUGCCCAUUUGCUAGAAAAACCGAAGAAGUAAAACCGGACUCAUCGUAAACGGACGCGAACGUCUACGGGUACAGAGAGUACAGACGAGGUUUUGUAGGCUCUGCCGUGUGGCGCGCAUCGAUACGUGAGCCAUAGCAUGUACCAUAGUAGACGGUAGAUCGUGAGACAACACCACGCAAGGCGAGAAAUGGUGGUGAAUGAUCAUUUGUAGAUUAAAAACUGAGCUGCAAAGCAAUCUAGCGGCUCCACAGCACGACUUACUUUAGUGGUGUCCUGCGUGUUUGCGGGACUGUAAUGUUAUCCCCGCGAGGUAGUAGUGUUAUUUGAACGAUCCUUUCCAACGCACGGGAACGUUCCGGUGUCAGAUUCGUUGCCGUACUCGACUAUUAUUCCAUCUCACCAUUCUCAUCAUCGUACGUGUAACGUGUAGCGUAACGUAAAGCGCACAAAGUUGUUGAUAUAUCUGUUUGCGUUUCCCCUCCCUUCCUGUUUUCCCUCCUAAUUCGUUACAGACGAGCUCAUCCACUCAGUUCGGGAUGUUUUUCGUAGUGUGGUAAUAAUGUCGCUCGUUACCAUAACAACUAGAUAGAAUGAAAUUCAAAAUUCCAAAAAAAUAGCAAACAUACUAUUAGCUCUUACGGUAGUAGUGACCAAAACAACAACAAAAAAAACCACGAAUUAGACACUUAAGUAUAAGUCCUAUGUAUUAUUUUCGGAAGAUCGUGGUAAUCGGAGCAUAGGUUGGAGCUUGUAUUCUGAGGCAAGCAUAAGAUGAAGCGAAAAACAGAACAACUAAAAAGCAAUAUAAUCAACCCACAGGCGCAAACACAGGAGCGUAAAUUGCGACCCACUGAAGUGGUGUUAAUGUCGCAAACAUCGUUUUAGUUUAACGUGAAUGGUGAAUACAAAAACACUGGGUAAAGCGAACGAAUAUUACAACUAACCUGUGCCUAGCUAUAUUUCGACCUGUUCAAAGACAAUUUAGAAAAUCAACUCCUUGUUUCACAUCACAACAGUUCAAUUGUUUAGAGGGGAAAAACAUAAUUUUCUUUAAUAUGUUGCUAUGUUGCGUUGGAGUAAUGACAUAGCAGAGAAAGAUAUGAAUUUCGUUUUUUUUUUUUGGCAAAACCUUCGUAAAAAAGCCACUGUAAAUCGAAUGAUGCGAGCAAACAUCAUCAUAUUACAUCGCCAUUUAUCCUAGAACCAAACCAAAAUGCCAGUGUUAUACCAACUACGACCAUGUGUCGGCGUGUCUGAUAAAUGUUCUUCACUAACUAACUCGUUACAAGUUACAGAAACAACAUCAUUAUACAUUAAUACUCCUUAACCGGGCGUCCCCUUUACACUGCACCAGUCAAACGUGUUUAGUGGUUAAGUGAAACCCCUGUAUUGUUGAAUGUGUAGUAUUAUUGCAUUAUAAUCACGAGAUGGAUAAAAAAGAAUGGAAGGCGUACAACAACAUACUCAAAAUAGUAGCGGAAAUGAAAGGGAGAAACAAAACUAUCCGAUCUCUACACACCUCCAAACCGACACCGGUUUGGUCGGUGGGUGUAUAAAAAAAGUAUUAUGAAAAAAAAAAACAAACAUUUGCUUUGAAAAAGUAAGUGGAAAUAUAAAUGAAACAAACACACAUACACACACAUCAUAUAAAUAUAUAUAUAAACAAAUGUACACCCCAAAACACACACACACACGUACACGACGGGCUAUGUAUUCCAGCAUUAAAUGUAGUAUGUAGAGGGUGAAGAAACUUUCAACCCAAAAAAAAAAACGUCACUUGUUAGUAUGCAAACUUCUAUAGUUAAUAUUGUAAAGUGUCCUAUCUACGAACCUAUCUAACGUUUCUCGAAGUAUGUAUGUGUGCAUGGAAAUGCUUUCGCAACCGUUAUCAUUGUUGUCUUCACUGAACAAAGAUCCUGUUUUGUUGAUAACAGUUUUUGUUUCAAUUUUUUGUGGUUGAUUUUUAUACACAAAUCGUUUCGUGGCACAUAAACACUUAGUUGUGACUAAUUAUAAACUUAUUGGUGAAUUACUCGGUUCAAUGGCCUGUCUGUCGGGGCCUACUGUUGUUUCUUAUUGAGAUCGUUUCUAAGUAGAAGAUCAUUUAUUUGCAGCUUGUAUUUAUUUGCAAUAUUUGCACUUCUUCAUACGUUCAAACGAUCGGAACUGAUUUAUACACUCAAUCUCUUAAGAGGAAGAGGGGUAGUAAACUCCCCUAAAAGUGAUUAAGAUGAUAAUGCCCCUUUUCGCCGAUAUUGUGUACAUAUCGUUAGCUUUCCAUUCCAAAGGGCAAUGUAUGGGAAGAAGUAAACAAGAGCGAUGGUCAAAUGGGCCGGGUCAUGUGUAAUAUUUACUACUACCUAUUUACUACCACCACCAAAUCCGUUAGUGUGUGCUACCGGAAGGUUCCUUUUGUUGGCUGAUUUGCGUACUGAUACUGAGCAAAACCGUCACUGCGCGAAGGUGUGCGCAACGCUUGGACGCAUGGACACAACGAUGUUUUCUCGGCAGCUUUACAAGGCGGGAGAGGAAUGGGAAGAACGCCGUUUGCACCUUCCUCCACGCUUUCGUAUGCAUGGUAGUUAAGGAAGCCCAGUUGCUGAGAUAUGCUAUAAACAUUAUUAUUAGUAGCUAAUUAAGACAUUUAGUCGAUAAAAGUCUCUGUACAAUUGUGGGCAGGCAAAUGGUUUGCUUUUAUGCUAGUUUUACUUCGUUAUCCCUCUUUCGUUGAGAAUCUUUACAAGCAAUUCUGCUGUUCUGCUGUUGGAUCAGAAACAAAGCAAAAGUGGGAAACAACAACAACAAAAAACCAUAAAAAAGUUAGUAGAAAACGAAACGUACACUCCACUUCAAGUAGCGUCAGGCAGGGUCAGCAGGCGAAAUUGUAUUGGACAACAAACAAAAAUUUUGACCCACCAUCCCCGUUCGCUCGCUCCCAAAUUUUAGCAAUUAUACCAAUCGAUAAGCAUAAGCAUAACAACCGCAUUAUUGCGAAGCUACUAUACACAACCCAACCCAACACGCGCGAUUGUGCGUGCGCGUGUGUAAGGUGCAUAAUGAUCUAUAUACAACAACAAAAAAACAAAAAACAUAUUUAACUUAUACACCGCUAAAAGAAAGCAAAACAAAACCAACAAACAACUGCAACCGAGUGAACCGAGAACAUACAUGGAAGAGAGAUUAUAGGGUUAUUAUACUAUUCAAAAUAUAUACAUAAAAAUAUAUAGAAAAAAACAAAUGAAACUUAUGCAUUAAAGCGCCGCCGUCUCAGAGCGGCCGGAAGAGAUCCUUGACCUUGACUGGAAACCAUUUUUUCGUUCCGUUUUUUUUCACAUUGCGAUGUGACAGUAUUGGAUGCGAAUGGAUGCCAGGAGAAACACUAAUCAGCAGCAAAAUGAUUGUGUAGUUAUUAACACCUCCACACCGCAUCAAGGAAGGGUGGACUACUUACACCCCCAGAUCCCUGAACAGCGCAUGUUGUUUUAGUUCUUUUUAAGCUCCCUCUCAAAACAAAUGCACCAAACAAAUGCAGUAUAGUAGCGACUCUACCAGGUACGCAAAGUACGGGAGAAUCAAUGCAAAACCAGCACACACCAAAACAACACAGCAAACAUAUCAAUGGUAAAAUAUCACGUUCAACAACUGCAAACUUAAGAUUACAAAAAACAAACUCCGUAUUAAGCAAAAAGAUAAGCAAAACAGAGGAACAAACGAGAGAGAGAGAGAAAAACAAAUAGAAAAACAAAGCAACCCAGGACAGAACAUGGAAGUUAAGUAAAAAUAAACAACACAAAAUAACAUCCACAAAAUGGUAUAGUUGGUAAUAGUUGUAUUUUAAUGGUUAUUAAAUCAAAUUCAAACGAAAAUGGCAUGAUGUGUAUGUAUGUGUGUGUGAAAGUGGACACGUGUUUCGAAACUGGUUUGGGAAAGGAAGGGGAGCGGUGUAGGGGGGAUUGAUGUAUGCGUACGAAAGGGAAGUGCAGUGAGAAAAGGGGGAAUAACGAUAGGAAAUGAUGUUGAUGUUUGUCGAGCCAGGGAAAAGCUAUUCGCUGGGGGUAAAGGAGUGUCGGUGAACAACCGGAGGAAGCGCUGUAAGACGAAGAUGAUGGCUAAUAACUGAAAUAAACAUAUUUAGUUCGACAUUAAAAUAUAACCUA